AUGAGGCGAUUACAAACGGCGGCUUACUUGCCGGAAGAAUUGACGGUUAAAGUCCUGGAGAGGUUGCCGGUCAAAUCCCUAAUCCGGUUCACCUCCGUUUCUAAACGCUGGCGCUUCAUCAUAUUGUCCGACCCCGAAUUCGCGAAAUCCCAGUUCCAAAUCGCUUCUCAGCACCAAACCUUCCGUCACAGAGCCCUCGUCUCCACCUCCAACGAAACUGAGAUUGAAUCCCAUAACUUGUUGUCUUCCUCAUCGCCAAAGCUUAGGUGCCCGUUCAUUCUGCCCCGGACUGCUGUCAAGUUAAUUUGCUCCUGCAAUGGUUUGGUUUGUGCACUGCUUCUUCCACUAAAGCACUUCUACAUCUGGAACCCAUCAACUGGCUUCUUCUCUAAGUUACCUGAACCUGUUGGUUACCCCUUAAAGAAUCGAUCCCUGUUCAUCUGUGGGUUUGGCUAUUUGUCGGCCUCUGACGAUUACAAACUUAUCGCCAAACUUAAAGACGAUAUGUUUGGUGAUGGGUAUGACUAUGAUUAUUAUUUUGAUGUCGUCGUGGUGAUGCUUAUCUUCUCAUCUAAAGCCAACAGUUGGAAAAGAACAGAAGCCCCUGUCGGUUAUCACUUCAAUGGUGCUGGGAUUCUUUCAAAUGAGGUGGUUCAUUGGAUGGACAAGCGGAACGACAUGGCCAUCGUUGCGUUUGAUCUAGCAGAGGAGGAGUUCCGGGGAAUGCCGCUGCCAGUUGUAGAUGGUGGUGAGCUUGGAUUUCUCCGGGCUUAUGGAGACAGUCUGUGUGUAUUCGAUCUUGCAAAGGUUUGUACUUCGUGCUCCAUUGAUAUGUGGGUGAUGAAGGAAUACGGCGUGGAUGACUCAUGGAUGAAGCUAUUUAAGUUGAAGAUUUCCAAUCAGCCUGAGAAUAUAAAGGGGUUACGGCCAAACUUGGUAUUGGAAACUACCACAUUUCUGCAAAAGAGAACUGUAGACAGUGAUGGGCGGAGUGUGAUCGAGGUGAUAAGGAGCGGUCAUACUAAAGAGGAGCUUCAUUCGUUUGUGUUAAGCAUGAAUGCAAAAUUCAUGGAAAUGAUUGAAUAUGAAGAGACUCUACUUCGGCUUGGUUAG